CCCACACGCAAGCAACCCCGGGCGGGUGUGCGCAGGGGUUCUUGUACUUCCACCCGAGCGUGGGGAAAGGUCAAAAACCGAGGGAAGCAACGGAACCAACACUCUCUUGCGUCUUGUAUUCGUAUCGUCGUGCUCCUGACAAGUUGACUCCCUUCCCCUUCGCCGAGAGUCUCGCGGUAUCCGAAGCCAGCUCUUCCAUUGCAUGGCAAUGGCGGCGACUACGACGAGCCCGUUCGCGGCGUCGAGUCCGCUGACUCCAAUGCAUCCCACCAUGACAGAGCACGACUUCCGCUUCCCUCGGAGGCCAGCCGACGCCGCCUUCGGCGGCCGGAAGCCGGAUCGACUCGACCAAGCGUACACAACCGUCGCCGGCUCCAGACCGGCAGCGGCAUCGACGACAGCUCCCAGGACGGCGACGGCAAGUUCCAUCGGUUUGCGUGCCGGGUUGCAUGGGUUGCAUGAUUUUCGUCUCAGUCAACCGGGCGGCCCCCAGAUUGACUUGCUGCGCGCCGCCGCCGUCCCGCAGUUCCAGCAGCACAGCGCAUCGCGCGAAAGCCAGACUCUGGAGGAGAUGCAGAGGCAGGACCCGCUAGCCACUCAGAUCUGGAAGUUCUACGCAAAGACCAAGCAGCUCCUUCCGGCCCAGGAGCGCAUGGAGAACUUGACGUGGCGGAUGAUGCAUCUCAAAUUGCGAGCCGCAAGGCCUACUGCCGCAUCUAGAAGCGACCACGUCCCAGGUGCAUCUGUCAGUGGCCCUAGCGGUAUCACGCAACAAUUGCGCAAGUCGUCGAAUAAUGCCCCGCUGCAAACGGACCCGAUGCACUUGGACGACUUCAUCAACAACGACAGCGUAGGAACUCCCGCUGGCAUGGCGCUGACCCCGACCCUAGAAACCAUGCGGCGGGCUGAGGAGAAAUCAACGCACGCCGCGGCGACGGCCAUUCCCAUCAAGACUCGCAAGGAAUCCUCGCAGCUUUUGAUUCCCCAGUCAGUGCCUGUUGCCGCCCAUCAGAGAGUGCGGGACGAGUUCGGCUAUAUCCCUCGUCACCCUCGCAAAACCAGCAUUGAUGAGACUGGGCAGCGUACCCGAAAGCGUCCAGCCGAUUUCUCCCCGCGCGUUCCCGCUGUGACCGGCAGCUACGCCGCCAAUGGACUCGACGCCGACUCGGAGCUCCAGGAGUACUCCCUCGACCAUGUACACCAGGCGGGCGCCGUGACGCAGCCGUCCACUCACCCGGGAAUCCCCUUCCCUCUAGACACGUUCCGCUUGGACAGCGAUCCCAUCCUUACCUCUGCCGGCCCUUUCCAGCAGAACUUCUCAUUCUCUCCCGCAAAUUCGCCAAUGGGCGCCCACGAUGCAUUCUCCACCAUGUACAGCGGCUCCUCGAUACAGCCUAACGCCUUAGGAGCAGAGUUCUAUUCCCCGCCCGGGUCCGCCUAUCAAUCCGCUGUGUCGACACCUCAUCCGCUGGGCGAUGGCGAGGGCGGCUUUUACUUUGGAUCCAUGGAUAUGCGCCACCCGCGCCAGCAGCCCUACAGAGCCUCCCAUGGCAGUAUCGGCAAUGCGUUGGGCCACCAGCUCCCGUACGCGGCCAGCAGCGGUAGCCUGAUGUUUUCCGCUGGUGGUACCGACUCGGAGCCAGCCUCGGCGUUCACCGCGCCAAGCUCCUUUGGCCAUAUCGACCCCGCGCAAGUGUUCCAGCAGGAGCAUCUUGGUCGCUCCUCGGGUGUCGGCCUUGGCAAGGACAGCAUGUUUUCGUUCGGCGCCGAUUCAGAUGACGAGGACGGGGGUGCAUUCGCAGAUCGCAACAUCCCGAUUCCCCAGGAUUUUGCGUCUCAGGGCAUGGAGGACAGCGGGUUCGACAACUCAUCACUGCAGUGGGAUCCGUCCCUUCCGGGCAAUUUCAGUACGCAAGCGGCAAGGUAUCCUGCCGGUCCUCCGCGGAAGCUGGUGACGAUAGGUGGCACCACCACCGAUUUUGUGGAGUCAGCUGGUGAUUGGGAAGGUGGAGGCCUGAACAGGUCGCAAUCGCAGUCUUUCCGUACUGCUAACGGGCGUCUUGGGAAAGUGCCGAGGAACGCGUCGACGCCAGGACUGGCGAGCAGGGGAAAUCCGUUCGACAGGUUGGCGCAGUCGACGCCCAAUUCGCCGCCGGCUGAGCCGAACGCUACGUCGGGCCUUUCCUCUGUCGCUACUAGUCGCCCGUCGUCCCCUCCUCCGGCAUCGAGGCACGGUUCGACAACUAAUUUGCAGGGCUCAGCAGGCAAGCAGGGAGAGAGCAGCAGCACGAAUACGCCCACGACAUGUACGAAUUGCUUUACGCAGACAACGCCGCUCUGGCGUCGGAACCCAGAGGGUCAGCCGCUGUGCAAUGCCUGCGGUCUUUUCCUCAAACUCCAUGGAGUGGUCAGGCCGUUGAGCUUGAAGACGGAUGUUAUCAAGAAGCGGAACCGCGGCUCCGGAGCGGGCCUCCCCGUUGGAGGCACGAGCACUCGAUCUAGGAAACACGCCGGCUCCAGCGCCUCAGGAGCUGGCGUGAAGAAGAGCUCCUCCACGCUGGCCGUGUCUUCGAGUGCCAAUCAGCAGCCGGUACAGGCAAGCACGCCUCCCGCAAUACAAAACAGAGCUAGCAGCAACAGUGGUGGCGCGAGUCCUGCAAGUGCCUCCGCAUCGGCUGGGAACACGGCCGCAAGCACGCCAACGAGCUACCAUGCCGGUGCUGGGCCAUCUGGUGCAUCCAAUGGGGUGGUGGGCGGGAAAGGGGUCAUCCCAAUCGCUGCCGCGCCGCCAAAGAAUGCACCAGGUCCGGGCGCCGCGUCUUUGCCGCGGAGCGCAGCUGUCUCUUCGAAGCGUCAGCGCCGCCACAGCAAGGGCGCCGUAGCUCCAUCGCCAAGCAAUAUGGACAUCGACAGUCCCGAGAGUUCUACGGGAUCGAAUGAGGCGGCCAGGCCGUUGGGCUCCAUGGGAUCUAGCACCGGAUUCUCUUCCAUGCAGCCCAGCAGUAGCAGCCUGGGCUUUGGCAACAGCUUCGGCACAAGCUCUCGAUCUCUGGCGGGACCCGGCAGUCAGCGUGCCGGUCCGCAAGAGUGGGAGUGGUUAACUAUGAGUCUUUGAAAAAAGCCUUAUGAUCACAGCAAAAGAUAUGCUCGUCCGAUUUACCCAUACAGCUUCCGCUUGGUGAGGAAUCAUGCUCUCUCCCACGGCGAACCUAAUCCAACCUAGCCCUGAUCUGCGGCGCGAUACGAAACCUACUUACGCUAGACGUCCGGUCAACCACGCCCUUCGAUUUCAAAAUCCCUGCGAUACGCGAAUCAUUCACUGCGGUAAAACCGUGCUAUCUCUUCCAUAUAUAGGCCCAGGGACUUGA